GUAUUUGUAUCACGCACAUACCAUGAAAACAUUAUUAUUGUUCCCUUUUCCCCUCUUUUGCCACCACUAAAGAAUUGUGCUCUUCAUACAUUCAUAUAUAUUUUUCCACUCAUACAACUCUACCAAUAUAUCAGUGGUUCAAGCAAUCUAGGUCAAAACUACGCGCAAAUAAGGAGAUAUAAUUGAUAGUUAUAAAUUGUUUUACCAUAUUUAUCAAUAUUAGUUUCAUUAAUAAGUACACAGAGGAUAUUAAUUAUGUUCUUCGAAUUAUAUUGGCAGUAUUUUGUGAUAGGUUUGAUCCUAUAUAUGGUAGCAAGGGGUGGCUAUGUUUUAUAUAACAAACAAGAAGAGAAAUAUGAACAGAAAAUGUUGAAAAAGGAUGAUGAUUACAAAUCUUCUUACGACCUGAAUUCAUUCAUGUCUUCAUCUUCCUCAUCAUCCUCGGCUGAAGAAGAAGAUGAAGACGGAGAUCUCUCUCCAGCUCUUCCGAAGAAUCUGAAUCACGUACAACUAAAAUUUGAGAAGAUGCCUGUUGGAACUUCGAUAAAAAAGUCGCAGGAGUUUUUCAGUUUAAUGGAUAAAAGAAGAACAGUUCGUCAUUUUAGCAAUGAACCUGUACCAAUUGAAAUAAUCCAUAAUAUUAUCAGGACUGCAGGGACUGCUCCUAGUGGGGCGCAUACCGAACCUUGGACGUACGUUGUAGUAGGCUCUCAAGAAAUUAAACAACAAAUUAGAGAAAUAGUUGAAAAUGAAGAAGAAACUAACUACAAAAAACGAAUGGGUAAAGUUUGGACAACAGAUCUGAAACCCUUAAAGACAAAUUGGUUGAAGCAAUAUCUAACCGACGCUCCUUAUUUGAUUUUGGUAUUCAAGCAGCUUUAUAGUUUCAAAGAAGAUGGAAAAAAGAAAUUACAUUAUUAUAAUGAACAAAGUGUAUCUUUAGCUUCAGGAAUUUUGUUGGCAGCUAUACAUUAUGCUGGACUGGUAUCUCUUACUUCAACGCCUCUAAACUGUGGACCGGCAUUAAGGGCCCUCUUACAAAGACCAAGCUCAGAAAAACUAACACUUCUCAUACCUGUGGGAUACCCAGCAGAUGACUGUUUAGUACCAGAUCUCAAACGUAAACCUUUAGAAGAAAUUUUAGUAGAAAUUUAGUAGUUUCUAUAUUGAUAUUUGAAUUAAGUACAUUAGAAAUCUAGGUUUUUGAAUAAAAUUUGACUAAAGUGAAUACUAUGUUCAAUACUUUAUACGAACGAUAUUUCGAUAAUUAUAUAAGUUUUUCUUUGUUCUUGAAUGCCGUGGUAUUGUUGAAAUUGUUAUUUUGAAUAGUCUUUCAUUACUUUUUGUGUGUCAUUCGAGUGUUUAAAACGUAAUAUGUAAUUUGCACGCAAAAUGUACUAGCGGGGACUUCACAUGAGAGACUCAAAAAAAUUUAGAAUCGAUCUCCAAUGCACUCUUUUAACUGGAGUUAAACCACCUAUGAGCUUUAAGCCAUCCAUUUUAUGGAAUUUUUGUCAGAAAAUUAAUGAAACGCUUCAUAUGUCAAUACAUCUCAUUUUCCGUCGUGACACGUCGACCACGUAAAUGUUUUUUAUGCUGAAAAAACAUUAGAAAUCACACAUGGCCUAAUCAGGUGAAAUUGAUGGAUAUUCGAUGACUGUUGCUAUAUACAUUAUCGUGAAUAACAAUCCUCGAAUAAGAACUGCAGGUAAACAUUUGUACAGUAGCCUUGGAAUGUGAUGCAGUGUGGAUUGGAGCACUGUCAUGAAGCAAUCGCACACCUUGGAUGAUUUUGCCACAACUUUUUUCGAUAAUUUUUUGACGCAAAUAUCUCAGUAGGUCAGUAUAGUAUGUUGUGUUCACGUUUGUAUUUGAUUCCGUCAAUCAAACGUAUCCCCUCACAGUCCUAAGAUAUUGUAGUCAUCACUUUUUUGGUGCUCUUCGUGACCUUUACUUUUUUGACACGGGCUCUCCUUUCCGAUGCCAUUCCAUGGCAUCUUUUGGAUCUCACCGGUUACAAUUGACUCCAUAACAUUCUGCUUUUGCACUGCGCUGAGAAUACGAGGCACCAAACUAAUUUUUGCCAUAUUUAUACGUACAGGACCUCCCGUACGUGAGUCAUCUUCUAAUGAUUCUCGUCCCUAGCGGAACAACUUUCUUCGGCCAAUUUUUAAUUGUUCAAAAUGAUGGAUACAAGUCACGGUAAAUGCCACAUUUUUCUAAACACCUUGACUGAUUGAUCGUUCGAGCUGUAGGUACUAUAAUAAACGUAAAAGUUCAAACUUUGUCUAAAGCUUGUUAAGACUUGUCACUGAAGCGCGAAUAAAAAUUUUUGCGAACACAAUCUAUUUACUAUAUGAGGCCAGGAACUGGCGUACGUUUUUUAAAAAUGAUCGGAAUGUUUCUCACUCGAUCCGCUUUUGGCCAAUUGUACGUCUCACUUUCUCAAUGCUUCCAACUGAACUAUCCGCACAUCCUCUAUAUCCCCUUUUAAAUUCACUAUACCAGUGAAGCACCAUUGCUCGUGAAGGACUUCCCUCAUCAAAUGCGCGUUACAACUGGUAAUGACUUGAAAUCAAAGUAGAUAAUGGAAUCGUAUGUACAGCUAUUGACUCAUAUAGCAGAAUUCAUAUUUUGUAAAAUGUAUUAAUACAGAAAAAUAAAAUGCUUAUUGUAUUCCUUUAUUUUUUUUUUAAGUUUAAUGUGAAAAAAAGUUUACCGUGGUCAAAAACGAGACUCUCCGAAAAGUGUCUCAGGUUUCGAGAUCAUGUGAACCCCAAAUAGUUAUUGUUGUUAUUGUGAUUUGAUAUAUUCGUAAACAAUAAAAUAUACAGAUAUUAUUA